AAUAGAUCAUAAAUUAAUAAAAAACAAGUUAGAUAGUCAAUAAAUAACACAAAAGUCAAAAAGUUAUGAAAACUAUACAAAACUAUCCUUUAAAAAACAAAGAUAAACAUCAAUAUGAUAUUUACGUCAAUGAAUAAGAGACCUUAGCUUCAUAAAACACAAGCUUUGAAGAUGAGAAGAGUUUAAAUUUAAAUUAGAGGAUGCAAAGAAAAUAGGAUUUGGUAUAUUUGAUAAAGAGUAAAAUAUAUGAAUUAGUAGUUAAGAUCCUUCUUCACAUAUACUUUUUAUAAAAUUUUUUUCUUUAAGUAGCACUAUUUUAUCUAAAUAUUUAGUAUUUCAAUCAGAAUCUACUGAUGUUUACCUUCAUAUAUAUAAUUCCUACAUUCUAUCUUUACAAUAAGCUAUUGAAUGAAAAAGGCUGUUUUUACAAAGAAAAAUAACUUUAAUAAAUUAUCUUAGUGGUUUUGGGUUUUAAAUAAAUAUAAGAUUAUAAUAAAAAACUAAUUACCAUCAAUUAUUAAUUAAUUAUUUAUUUAAUUUCCCUCUAUCAAAGCAUACUUCUGAUGUUUAUGCAACUCAUUAUAAAAGAUGUCAUAUUCUCUAUAUUUUUAGCCUUUUUAGUUAUUUUAAAUACUCAUAUCUUACUUAACGUUUUUUAUGAAGACACUCAUAGACCUUUUGAAGAUUUUAUAUUAAAGUACUCAAAAAUCUUGCUCAAAAACUUUAUACAUUGUAUAGCUUAAGUGAGUUACUAUAUUUUUUGUUUUUUAUAGAUGACUGUAGAUUAAAUUAUUAUCAUAUUCCUGAUUAAAUUCAUUCUUAUUUUUGCUUUCGCCUGCUAUAAUAAAUCAAGCUUUUUAGGUCUAACAUUUUUUGGAAUUAUUAUUGACCGCAAAGUCAUCCAAAAGAAUAUAAGCAUGAAUAAUUUUAUACUAUUUAUGGUUAAAAACGUAGCCUGCUUUAGCAGAUAUUUUAAAGUUUAGUAUUUUUAUUUGCUGCUGUUGAGAACUCUUUAAGUAUUCUUCAUUUAUAUUUUUAGAUUAGAAGAUCUCAGCAGUAUAUAUGAUAAUUAUGAACUGUUGAUUAUGCCUGCUAUUAGCUAUUUGCUUAUAAUAUUUUAAUCAUAUUAAGAAAUAAGAAAAUUAUAAUUUAAUAAGAAAGAAGUAGUAGAAAUAGAGUCAUAAUAUGAUUUCUUAAAUUUGGUAUAGAAUGAAUAAAAAUACACAAAUCUUAAAUAGAUUUUUAUUACUUCUAAUGUAGAUUAAAAUCAAAUACUCAGCUUUUUGAUGUAUAAUUUUAAGUAAUGUGCAAUUUUUUUAGAAGAAACAAGUAAUAAUCAAGAAGUAAUGUUCUAUCAUUAAAGAUAUUUCUUAAAAAAUAGCUAUUAAAAGAUAGUAUUUGAGUAUAUUUCUUUACCAAAAUUAAAUAAUAUUCUUUUGGCAGAAAAUAUAGUACCAAAUGUGCGAGAAAUAACAAUAAAAAUGAAACCAGAAAUUAACACAAAUAAAAUAUGCUUAAGUUAGUUUUAUAGUAAGCUUUUAAACACCAUAAUUCCAAUUAAAGUAACUUUAAAAAAGCUAAUACCAAAAAAGAUAAAAAAACAUUAACUAGUUUAUAAUAAUUAUUUCUGCUAAUCUAGUUAAGUAAUUGCCCAUUGCGCUGUUUUUAAUAAUUAAAUAUCAUAAUAUUUAAUAAACAAUCCUUAGUAAAUAAUGUAUGAUUUAUAUGAAGACAGUUUAUGAUGAUUUUUUAAAAAUUUGUUUUUAAAAAACUACAUACAUACAACAUACAUAAUAUACAAAUAAUUUAAGUCCUUUUUUUUAGAAAUUAGAAAUAAUUUAUUAAAGGAUCUAAAAAUAAUCAAAAUAAUUAAUUAAUAUUACUGGUUCUAUCUUUAAUCAGAUAUUUUGUUUAAAGCUAACAAAGUGUUUUAUUUAUUAGAUUUGAGCUAACCAUUCUUACAAAACAAUUUAUUAUUAAUUUAAUGUAAAUUUCAAUAUAAAAAAAUAUUUUAUUGAAAAGUUUUAUUUUAUCAUUUUAAAACUAAACAAAAGAUAUAAAUAAAUAAAUAAAAAUUACUGUAAAUUCUAAAUUCAAGCAUACGAAUCAGUAUAUGAGCAGCAAGCUUUUUUUAUUUUAAAAAAUUUGUUAGAUUAUUUAAAAUAAUCUAUUUUUUUAAGUGAAU